UGUGGAUAGUGACCAGUAAAGAGAAAGAUAAAAAAGAUCAAAAUCUGUCCAGAACCUUCUGUACAUGGACAUACUGUAUGUUCUAUAUGUUCCACACAAAAGGGUUAUUAUUUUAUUAUUUUCAUUUUCUAUUUAAGUAACUAUGCAUGUCCAUGUGUUUUCCAUCUGAAAAUAACCAUAAUAUUUAUAUUCUAAAGUAGUCGUUGGUUUUAAGACAUCUGUAGUUACACCCUUAUGCCUGGAGGCACACCCCAGGAACCGAGGAUUAUGCAUGGUACCGAGGGUCACUUUGUGCUCAGUAUUCAUGAGCUUAACUCGAACUGCUGUUGAAUAUAGCAACAUCACCUGGAGGUCAUUGGCGACAAAGCGCAGCAGCGCAGAGACAGGCAGAGCAGCUGUGCAGAGGGUGAAGCGCAACAGAUGAGCGCAUACACACGGCUGCCGCUCUCCUGCUCUGGAUAUCAGACACGUUCAACACAAUGAACACAAACGACGCAAAGGAAUACCUUUCAAAGCGACAGAUCCCUCAGAUGUUUGAGAGCAUGUUAACAGGGCUGAUGUACCAUAAACCUGAGGACCCUCUGGCGUUUUUGGACACUUGCCUGCAAAAAACACGAGACCUUGGAGGUCCCGAGUGCGUGGCAUGGGACACUUUUAUCACACCUGAUCGAAAACCACUGCCACCCAUCACCCCUGCACAGGGCAAGAAAGCCCCAUGCAAACUUGACGGCGGCACGGGUCCUGGCCCUGGACCGUAUCGUCGAUAUGACAGGCUGCCACCGAUUCAAGCUCAAUUUUCGAUAGAAAGUGACUCAGAUAUGACAGAGUCCUCGGGGCUGAUACAGGAAUAUGACGUCUUUGACCCAUCCAAAUCACGACCGCACAUCAUAUUCAUCAUAGGGGGUCCAGGCAGCGGUAAAGGAACUCAGACAGCUAAAAUUGCACAUCACUAUGAUUUCCAGCAUGUGUCGGUGGGGGAAAUUUUAAGAAACCAGUUGUUGCAUCACGCCACCAGUGACAGAAAGUGGGAACUGAUUGCCCAGAUCAUUGCCAAUGGAGAACUGGCACCUCAGGAGACGACUAUUGAGGAGCUGAAGCAUCAGUUUAUCAAAAAGCAGGAUGCCAAAGGAUUUAUUGUGGAUGGAUUUCCUAGAGAGAUAUCACAGGCGUUCACCUUCGAGGAGCAGAUUGGAUCUCCAGAUUUGGUGAUCUUGCUCGCCUGCUCCAACCAGAAACUCCGGCAGCGUCUAGAGAAAAGAGCUUCUCAACAGGGCCGUCCUGACGACAAUACUCACGCUAUUGAGAAGAGACUAGACACUUUCAAACACAAUAUCACACCCAUAGCCAAGUACUACCAUGAGAAAGGACUUAUUGUAAGGGUCGAUGCUGAUCGAGAUGAAGAUGACAUUUUUACAGACAUUUGUGCCAUUGUGAAAGAAAGACUGUUCCCGAGCAACACUCAUGGAAGCUGUACUGAGGAUCUUUAAAUGGACUUUAAAGCAAACAGCUUUUACCAGCCAAACUGUUUUUCCUUCAUUUUCCUAUAAUAUUUUACUAAUAAACUCUGUCGUCAAGGCAAUACACUGUAAAAAAAUGAUUUGUUGGUUACAACUUAAAAAAGUAAGUUACCUGGUUGCCUUAAAGUUAAUUCAACUUAAACAUAUUGUGUAUAAAUUGUUGUGUCAUCUAAUAUGUUUGAGUUGAAUUAACUCAAAAUUUUAAGGCAACCAGGUAACUUAACUUUUUGAAAGGGGACAUAUCAUGAAAAUCUCAGUUUGUUUCAUGUUUAAGUGCUAUAAUGGGUCCCCCGUGAUUCUAUCAACCUAGAAAAUGUGAAGAAGAGCUUAGUUUUGGUAAACAAUUCUCUGUAACCAUGUGAAAAAAUAGGUCAUUCAGAUUUGGCUUUCCUUGUGAUGUCACAAGGGGAUCUUAUUAUAAUUAUACCACCCUAUAAUCUGCACUAUAUUCAACCACAGCACUGCCAUUUAGUCCAGAGAGAGAGAGAAAAUAAUUGACAGCACAACUGAAUUUUAACAAACCACCAUCACCAUCAUCAGUGUUUGCAUUUUAUUGGCUCGUUUGCAUUUAAAAGGACACACCCAAAAACGGCACAUUUUUGCUUGCACCUGCAAAGUGGCAAUUUUAAUAUGAUAUAAUAAAUUAUAUUAUUUUCAGCUCAAACUUCGCAUACGCACCAAAGAUUUUCUUAAAAAAGUCUUAAAUAUGACCCCUUUGAGUUGAACCAACUUUUUUACUUUUUGUGUAUACUGUAUAUCAUACACUCAAAUGUUGUUGCCUCCACUUUCUCUAUAAAACAUUUUCUCUAUGGACUGCAGGAAAGUUGAAGAAAAUCUAUUUUACAACAUUUUCUUGUGUUUUUUAAUUUCGGAAUAGUUUACCCCAAAUGAAAAUUAGCCCAUAUUUACUCACCCUCAGUCCAUCUUAGAUGUAUAAAUAUAUAUAUGACUUUCUUCUUUCAGAUAAACUUUACAAUUGGCAUUGGAUGGUGCCCCAUUUUUAAAGCACCAAAAAGCAGCACAUCCAUCCAUCAGAAACUAAUUUCAUACGGUUAAAAAAAACUAUGCAUGUUCAUGAGAGAGUUGAGGUCAAAAAUCCCAUCACUUUACUGGGCGGUUUCCCGUACAGGGAUUAGACUAGUCCUAGACUAAAAUAAAUGUAAGAGCUGUCCAAACUGAAAACAACUUGCACUGAUAUUUCUUAAAAUACAUUGUUGUUUGUUUUGCCUCAAAAUGCAUGUAAGUAAUGUUUUUAGCAAGGCAUGUUUGUUAAAGCUAGUUAUAUUUCCGAAUUAAACUAAGGCCU